AUGUUCUCCACUUCAUUCCUUAUUGCUGCCAUUCUUUCUGCCCCCGCUUUCGCUGCAGUUGGUCCCGUUGCUGACUUGACUCUCGUCAACGCUCAAGUUGCUCCCGAUGGCUUCAGUCGCUCAGCCGUCACCGCUGGUGGAACUAUCCCUGGUCCUGUCCUCAAAGCCAAUGUCGGCGACAGGUUCCAGCUGAACGUCAUCGACGCGUUAACGGACAAGACCAUGCUGCUUAGUAGUUCUAUUCACUGGCACGGCUUCUUUCAAUCCGGCACUUCAUGGGCUGACGGCCCUGCUUUCAUUACCCAAUGCCCCAUUGCGCAGAACCAGUCGUUCUUAUAUGACUUCUCCACAGCUGGCCAGCCAGGCACAUUUUGGUACCAUUCGCAUCUAUCGACCCAAUAUUGUGAUGGACUUCGUGGGGUUAUGGUCGUCUACGACCCAAACGAUCCCCACAAGGAUCUCUACGAUGUUGACGACGACAGCACAAUAAUUACUCUUGCCGAUUGGUACCAUGCUCCGACCCACACUCUUCCUAAUCCCCCCACUCUCGUUUCCACCCUCAUUAACGGCCUUGGACGCUAUGCUGGCGGCCCUACUUCCCAACUUGCUGUUAUCUCGGUCACUCAGAACAAGCGGUAUCGCUUCCGUCUUGUCUCGCUCUCUUGCGAUCCCAACUUCGUCUUCACCAUUGACAACCACCUGAUGACCAUUAUCGAAGUAGACAGCGUGAACACGCAGCCCUUGACGGUAGAUUCCAUUCAGAUCUUCGCCGGACAGCGUUACUCCUUUGUACUCAACGCCAAUCAACCCGUGAACAACUAUUGGGUUCGCACUGUUGCUAACGGAGGAACGAAGGGCUUUGCGAAUGGCAUCAACUCUGCUAUUCUCCGCUAUGCCGGUGCCAAUAAUGUUGACCCUACCACCACCCAGACCACCGCCACCAAGGCCCUUCUCGAGACUGAUCUUCAUCCGCUCGUUGCGCGCAGCGUCCCGGGAGCCCCCAUUCGCGGAGGUGCCGAUGUCAAUCUCAACCUUGCCAUUGCCUUCAGCGGCGGCCAUUUCACCGUCAACGGCGCCCAAUUCAUCCCUCCGACUGCUCCUGUCCUUCUCCAGAUCCUCAGUGGUGCCCAUACCGCAGCUGAGUUACUGCCAAAAGGAACCCUUUAUACUCUUCCACCCAACAAGGUUGUCGAGCUUUCCAUUCCAGGAGGAACGACAGGAGCUCCACAUCCUAUGCACUUGCACGGUCAUAACUUCUGGGUCGUUCGCAGCGCCGGCAGCACAGUCUACAACUACGACAACCCUGUCAUCCGCGACGUUGUGAGCACGAGCUCCUCAAAGAACGACAACGUAACUAUCCGCUUCGAGACAGACAACAGCGGCCCGUGGUUCCUCCAUUGCCAUAUCGACUUCCAUCUCGAGACCGGCCUCGCUAUCGUAUUUGCUGAAGACACAGACACCAUCGCCAACUCCGUUCAGCCCGACGCGUGGGACACCCUGUGCCCUACCUACAACAACUUGACCCCUCCACAACUGGGCGGUGUCUAG